GAUAGGGUUUAGAUUAGGUUUCUGCAUGUAGUUUUUCUUCGAUAUUAGAAAUGUUGCAAUUUCAAAUACAUUUUUGGUAGUUCGAAUAUCAAAUUAACCGAUUUGUAUUAUUCUUUAAAUCAGAAUUUUGCACUUGUUAAUGAACUGUCAGUUUUUCAUAUUAAUUUUACUUUUUUCUAUUUCUUGCAAGUUCUUAUAUUGUUUCAAUUUAUUAUAUUAAUGAAAUACAAUAAGGAGUGUAUGAUAAUAUGGAUUAUGGAUAAUCUAAUAUAGCUAACUGUUGCUGUCUGAUAUUUCAUCAAUCUCAGUCAUUAUUAUUUCCAAAAGAUCUUGUUUUAUAUCUAUCAAGCAUUUUAUGCUUUCAUUAAUCUUUAAAAGUUACAUUAAUUAAUGAUAAUAAUAACUCUGAGAUCCAAUAUUUCCAUUGUUUUGUAUGACUAUUUUUCGAAAAUUUGUUCAAUGAUUAAUAUAGUAAUAAAUAUCUAUUGAUCUUUAUUAAUUUGUCACUUGACACUUGGUUUCACAUUAUCUCAACCCUAAUUUUUCAAGUAGUUAUGCAUUUGUUGUUGAGCAAUCGUUUCUCCAUAAGCAAACAAAAAUUCAGAUUUUUUUGAAAAAUAUUUUUAUGUAUAUACUGUGCUAUCCUAAAUGUCAUUGAAACUUCAUUUUGUUGUUAUUGAUUUAUUGACUGCAUUUCUAGUACAAGGUAUGUUUGUACUUUAGUAACCUACUUUUUUACUACAUUUUUAGGUUUUUGAUUGUGAACAUAUAAUUAACCCUUGCUACUAUUUGCACAUUAUUCGAAAUGGCUGACAAAGAGGAAGACAAUGCGGAGUUGGAUUGUACAGGAGCAAAGCAUUCUGUAUGGUUGGUCAAAGUUCCAAAGUAUUUAGCUACUAUAUGGAAAGAGGCCCCUGGAGGUCAACCAGUUGGAAAAUUACGCAUUGGAAAAACAAUGGGAAGAACUCAAGUUUCAUUCAAUCUUGAUGAAUCAUUGGCAAAAGAACAUCCUACAAGUAAAGAUUCUGUUCCUACAGAACACAAGUUCUCUUUGCAAGGCAUGGGGAACCAGAGCUUAGCUGUGUUCUCACAAAUACCUGGUGUAGGCCCAGGAGGGAGCGAAAAACGAGCUAUUGAGGGACGAAUAGUUCAAAAAGCUGAUUGUAUGCCACAAGGUGGUCAAAAGUAUAUGAAACUCAAAAUGACUCAAUUUGUAGUUGCUACAAAACCAACCAGAACUGUAAAACAGCUUGACACUGCAGUAAGAAGUGUCUAUAAGCCGGUAUCAAGAAUACAAGAAGAAAUAGCUAACGAUAAACGGCAAAAAGCAGAAGGAAAGCGUAUCAGAGGUUCAAAAGAACAAGUCAUGGCAAAGCUUUUCGAAGCAUUUGAAAAACAUCAAUUCUACAGUAUUCAAGAUUUAGGAAAAAUAACAAAACAACCGAUAACUUUUCUUAAAGAGAUAUUGCGAGAGAUUGGACAUUAUAAUCUAAAAAAUCCACAUAAAAAUAUGUGGGAAUUGAAACCUGAAUAUAGACAUCAUGAAACCCCGAAAAUGGAUGUAGAUUCUGAUUAACGAACAUCAAAGUACGAAACAUUCAAAAUACUUCUGUUUACCUGUUGUCAUAAGAUACCUUCAGCAUAUGUAUUGCUGUAGUAUAACCGAAUUAGCUAUGUCACAAGCUUCUGAGAAAAUCGCAUUUUUGUAAUUUUCAGAUCUGUACAGCCUAACCUAAAAUGCAAUACCUGGAAUGAGAGCUGAAACAGGUAUAUCUUUGAAAUCCAGACCAAACGAUUUUCCCUGGUCCAUAAUGACAUACAAUUAAAAAUUGUCAAUCACUAAAAUAUAGGUUACUUUGUGUUUACUGUGGCGAUAUUAUAGUUUUCCUGGUUUAAAAUCUUUUUAAUAAAACUAGAAUAGGUUUUUGCUGAAUUUAUGUAACACUGUAUUAGGAGAAAAGAACGAGAAUUUUUUUGUUCAAGUAUGUCCAGUGUGCACAAUCAUCCAUUCUUGUUUAUAUACUUUACUUACCAUAUUUUAUUUGCUGAGUCAGAAAUGUCAGUGAUUCGCGAAGAUUUGAGGUUUCUCAAUUACUUCUACGGAAAUGGAAUGAAUUAUUCAAUUUUGUCUACCCUCAAACUGUUUUUGCAUGAAUGUAUUAAUGUAGCACUGCAUUUAUGUUUUAGGAAACUAGGACAUUUUGCGCAAAGGUUUUGUCCUCUCUAGAAUAUGUACCAAAUGACCUCCUCGCUGUAGGAGACAGACUUGUAUACAUUGCGGGAAAUUGUAACUCACUUACUUGCUGAAGCAUUUUCAAAUAAGUAAUUAGGGAAUUUAUGGUUUCAUUUUUUUUUCAGUGACCCUUACCCUUAAAAUUGUUUUUGUUUGUUGUCGAAACCGGCUUACGUAUUUCAAAACCAUCAUUUUAGUGCGAAGUAUUCAUCCACCUGCCAUUUAAAUUUACCACCAGCUAAUUUUAGCCAGUCCAUCGUAGCUCCCCCAGAACUGAGUUACAUUUAAAUUUUGCCAUGAAUACGAGAUAAUGUUUACAAGUUUACAACCGUUCCUAAAAGUUUCUGAGUAAAAAUUUGAUUUUGUUUUCCAUAUGUUUCCUUUACAUAUGUAGCCCGGUUGCAUUGUGUUUGAAGCAUUCGACUUAUCCCACCCAGAGUGUAAUAUAUUUGGCAAUGCCGAACUGGAAGGAUUUCAGCCCUUUCUAGUCGUGGCAAGGUAUCUCUUGUCAUAACUUCAUAAGUACAUCAAUCCUAGCAUGUGUCUGAUAAUUCUUUAAUAUUUAUGUUCUAUUUCUAG